UCUGAGCCAAGACAGGCGCGCCCCCGACACGGAGCGGGCAGCGGCCACGUAGCUGCGCGACACCGGGAACGCGCACAGAGGGGGGUGCUCGGUGUUGUGACGUGAACGGCGGAGGAGGAGGAGGACAGGAAGGAAGCUUCCCGGGAGCCAUGGACCGAGACACCCCGGGAGGGAGGGCAAGCCUUUCAGUGGAUCUAAAGAUGUAGCGUGGCCUUGUGUCCCUAAAAUAUAUUAAAAAAAAAAAGUAAUAAAAAAAAGAAAGCAACAACUCAGUGUCUUAUGAACAUCUUUCUAUAAACUUAACAGUAAUUCUUUGAACAUUCAGAAAUGUUGCGUCCUUCAAACCUACAGCCUGACCCAAUGGGUCAAGCAGCCAACUCCUGCCAAAAAUUGCUGGAUGGUCGCCCUCCUGAUGUUUCUGGAAUGGGACUUGAUGACUCGCUGCGAGUUAGCAUUCCACCUCCGUUUUACCAUGCUACAAGUCAAGAACUUGAUCUUUCAAAUAAGCAAUUCAAAAGAGAAACAAGUGGACCUUAUCCUGUUAUGAUGGACACUAAGCCUGAGCAGCAACCCUUUUAUCUGGACAGUAAACCGCCUAUUGAGGUUCGACCUGUUAAAGGCGAAAGACAAAAUUCUGGAGAAUCGGAGGAUGACGACGACGACGAUGACGACGACGACGAUGAUGAUGACGACGACGAUGAGGAAGAAGAGGAAGAUGAUGUGAAUUACAAAAGAGAGCAAAUAAUUGUAGAGGUGAACCUUAAUAACCAAACCUUAAAUGUCUCCAAAGGAGACAAAGGUGUUGGCAAGGACCCCUCACACAUGAAGACAAGUAGCGAUGAGGAUGGAGGUGACUCUGGAGACGAUGAUCAGGACAGCAAUGAGGAUGAUGAAAAUGAAUCUCGUCCUGUUGGUGAUCAGACCAAUAUGGAAUGUGUAAACCAGGACCAAAAAACUGAGAACUCCAACAUGGUGGGUGGUGACGGAGCCACACUGGCCAACAAUCCCAAUAAUGAACAAGUUACAAGUGGUGAAGCCCCCAAACGGAAGAAGAAGACGCCCAAAGAGCCUAAAUCUCCCACUGACAAGGUUAAGGGUGAGGAGAAAGAGACCCUAACUUGUGACAAAUGUCCACGUGUGUUCAACACGCGAUGGUAUCUGGAAAAGCAUAUGAAUGUUACGCACCGGAGGAUGCAGAUUUGUGAUAAGUGCGGAAAGAAGUUUGUCUUGGAGAGUGAGUUGUCCCUCCAUCUUCAGACAGACUGUGAGAAGAACAUUCAGGGUACCUGUAAUAUGGCCAAAAAGAUGUGCAUUACAUGUAACAAGACUUUUAAGAAGCUCUGGUCCCUCCACGAGCACAUAAAGAUCGUCCAUGGCUACGCUGAAAAGAAAUUCUCCUGUGAGAUCUGCGAGAAGAAAUUCUACACAAUGGCGCACGUCCGCAAACAUCUUGUCGCUCACACGAAGGAUAUGCCAUUCACCUGUGAAACGUGUGGGAAGUCGUUCAAGAGAAGCAUGUCUUUAAAAGUUCACUCUCUGCAACACUCUGGAGAGAAACCGUUCAGAUGUGAGAAUUGUGACGAGCGGUUCCAGUACAAGUACCAGUUACGUUCACACAUGAGCAUCCAUAUUGGACACAAACAGUUCAUGUGCCAGUGGUGUGGUAAAGACUUCAACAUGAAGCAGUAUUUCGAUGAGCACAUGAAGACGCACACUGGAGAGAAACCUUUUAUCUGUGAAAUCUGUGGCAAGAGCUUCACCAGCCGCCCAAAUAUGAAGCGCCACCGCAGGACCCACACGGGAGAAAAGCCUUACCCAUGUGACGUGUGUGGUAUGCGCUUCCGUUUCUCCAACAUGCUUAAGGCUCACAAAGAGAAGUGCUUCAGGGUCACCAGUCCAGUGGGUGUUCCGCCAGCCUUGCAGAUUGCUCUUAACAACCCCUCACAAGUUGUCACCAACCUUCAAACAGUCCAUGUGCCAGCCAGCAGUCCUACGCCACCUCUUAACCUUAAUACCUUGAGUUCCCUGCCUCCUCGACCCAUCCCACAUCCAUUUUCCCACCUCCAUCUGCAUCCGCACUCCCAUCAUCACCUGGCAGUACCGCCCGUUCCACACCUUCCUCCACCCCCGGCUCUCUUUAAAAGUGAGGCGUUGAACCAUCGUGGACAGACCGAUGAUAGUUUCCUACGGCACCUGGCAGAGAAGACCAGCGCUACCCAACAUCAUUAAUGCCAGUGGCAGGCUCCAAGUAGCAGUGGCAGCCUAACCAGGAAUUGGUGCCCCAUUGUAGAGCUGAUUGAACAGAACUUGGCUAGGCUCAAACUACAUACGUGCCCCUUGUUAACCGCUGGAGUGCUGUCACAAGAAACAAAAAUGGAGCACUGCCCUUUUUGGGGGGAAAUGACUAUAGCGUAGAGCAGUGUUGUCCUGGUGGGGUGACUGACUUAUUCUUCACAGUUCAAGCAUUAUUUUAACCUAUAAAUUGUGGUGACUGAAUCUACAGUCUGACCCUACAAGGUGGCACCACAGGGCAUGAGGGGCUUACGGGCACUCGACAUGCCAGGCUUAAACGAGUUAAGAAAUUUAACCUAACCCUGGCCAAGAUGAAUGGCCCAAAUGGAUGAAAUCCAAACUACUCUGGGAAGGAGGAGAAGGAACUUUAGGGUAUUUUCUUUCCCUAUUUGUAUACUGUCUGAAACUGACAAUUUCCUAAAAGCAUUAAAAAUAUAAAUUUUUUUUUUGCUCCCUUCACUCUUCAUGUUACAACCCCGAGAAGGUAUGCCGUCUGAGAAAGGUUAGGCGGCACUCCCAUAUGUAUUAUUUUACUACCAAGAUUAUUUUAGAGGAUUUUUUUGUAUAGGCUGAACCUAGUCUGAUGUAUUUCAACAAAAAAAGUGUACAUUUUAUUUUGUGUAGUUACGCCCAUCCUCCCACUUUUUUAUUUUUUAAUAAUCUUUCAAAAAAAGACAAAUUUCAAAAGCCUCCCCUUUUUUAUUAUAAAUUUUUUUUUUUCUGGCCCAGAAUUGUAAAAGUGGUGUACGUUUAGGAUUUUUUUAACCUUUAAAGGUGCAGUUCACUUUGCUAAGUUUCCUAUAGUUACAUUUUUCUACUUUCUGAAUUUAUACUUUCCCUUUUUCCCUGUGUUCUAGCAGUUUGUCUAAAUUAUACAAAUUUUUUCAAUGUUUUUUUAUGUUCUGGUUGGCACAUUGGUCUCAUGCCCAUAUUACACAUUCAUCGACUGUGCACCUACGAGGGCAAAGUGGUGCUGCACCUUUAAAGUUUAUUCCCUUUUAGUCAAUGUUAAAAAUCAACAAUUUUCUAAUAAAAUCCUUCCUUUCCACUUGUCUUCAAUGACCACUGAGAAAAUGUUUUACGUAACUAAAACUCUAAUGUACCAAGCACUUUAUUGGGAGAAUACGACGUCUCUUGGCUGUUACAUAACAUCUCCCAGAAAAUAUGAAGCUGUAGUUAUACAAGCUAUCUGGGUGGAUUAGAGAGUUUUUCCAUUGGGCUUCAUUUAUUUAAAAAAAAUAAAAAUAAAAUGUUUACCAUAGCAACCAAUCACAGUGCAGCUUUUGUUUUUCUAGUGCAGUUUGAGAUGAAAGCUCAGCUCUGAUUGAUUGUUAUGGGCAUUGUGAUAAGUGAGGCCCAUAAUGCAAAUAAAGUACCAAGGACAUAGCACUAGUGAGAAAAAAAAUAAAUACAUGGGGCCACACAGGCCCCUGGGGGUUCACGCUGUUGUUUUUUCUCAGAGGUGGUAUGAACUGGAUUUUGUGACUUUCUAUUCUAAUAUAUUAGUCAUCAGACAAUAUUGCAGUAUUCAUAAUAAAGGGCUUAAUAGUGGAGAUGGAGCGUAAUUUUCAAUCAUUUGCUCUCACACAAACCUGUUUUAAAUGACAUUAUCAUACAGAAAUGGCUUUACCUGUAACAUUCACUAAAUCACAGUCGUAUACUUAAAGGGGCAUCGCCCUGUGAAACAUUUAUCAACAGGAUAUGCUACAAGUGUCAGAUAGAGGCGGGUCCCACCUCUGGGACCCACAUCUGUUUGGUCACGACUACGGUAACGGCCUGCUCAGCUGUUUCCCUAACUCUUUUUUUAGCUUGUUGGAGUGCUACGGAGACAGCGUAGCACAGCCCGCUUGGUUAUUUCCAUAGUCCUGACCACCUCAGGUCACCACAUCCAGGAUGAAUGGGGAAAGGGGGUGUAUUGAUCCAG